AUGAAUACCACACGAGCGGCCUUGAUUCGCCCCAAGGUCCCCCUGCAGGUCAAUCGGGCGCAUACCCCUCAGCAAGUUAGCUUGAACAUCCAAUAUGCAGCUGGGUCGAGAACGAUCUCAGGGGGUGUUUCUUACAAUGAGAAGAACAGGAAAUCCAAAGGAGAAACAGCCAAGUUUAAGAGGUCACCUCCAUGGCGGUCGCCUGAAUUCACUAUCCCCGAAAACGCAAAGCAAAUACCUAUUCUCCAGCAGUUUAACAAGGAGGAGGAAUUGAAGGCAGCUUAUAAUGCAUUUGAAAGAGGAUAUGUUCCAUUGAAAAGGGACAAUAGCGCAGUAUGGGACGAGCUUAAGCUCGGGAAAUUCUUCCUUAGAGAAAACUGCCAGUGCCCAAAAUGCAUUCACCCUGAGACGAAGCAAAGAAUUUCUGAUACUUUUUUGAUUUCUCACGAUGUUGACGUGACAAACUUUGAAACUAACGAUAAAGAUGUCAAGAUCUCCUGGACCGAUGGACACGAAUCAACUCAUCCAUGGGAUUGGCUGGACGCACACCGGAUAACUCCAUGGUCUGUGCCUCUAAAUUACAAGAAGCUCCCACAAGUCAGGCCCAUCUACACCCCAUACGUCAAAGAUGGAAAAUAUCCGGAAGUCCAGUUUGGAGAGGUGGUGUCUGAUGAGAGUGCAGUGCUGGAUUGGUUAUGGAAAAUAUGGCUCAAUGGAUUCUGUUUUAUCAAGGGAGUUCCAGUCACCCCUGAAGCCACAAAGACGUUGAUCGAGCGCAUCUCGUUCAUUCGGCAUACUCACUAUGGUGGAUUCUGGGACUUUACUGCAGACCUUACCUUCAAGGAUACUGCGUACACCAACGAGUUCCUCGGUGGACAUACCGACAACGCCUAUUUCACCGACCCAGCAAGGCUUCAACUAUUCCAUCUACUAUCACACACCGAUGGCAGUGGAGGAGAGAGUCUUCUCGUGGAUGCCCUUAGCGCUGCUAACAAGCUUAGAUUGGAUAAUAAGAAGUUGUUCACGUCUUUAAUUGAGCAGAGACAUUCGUGGCAUUCAAGCGGCAACGAAGAUGUCUGCAUUCAGCCCUCAGCACGUGCUCCUGUGCUAUCUGUCCAUCCCGACACAGGUAGGGUGUACCAGGUCCGCUGGAACAACUACGAUCGGGCGCCGAAGAGUGAUUGGAAUCUACGAGUCCAAAAGAGUUGGUAUAAUGCGGCCAGACGAUUUAAUGAGAUUCUUAAUGAGGAAUCUCGCCAAAUUUGGACCCAAUUGGAGCCGGGAACAGCCCUAAUUUUUGACAAUUGGAGAAUGUUACACGGCCGCUCUGAAUUCACUGGGAAGCGAAGAAUGUGUGGUGGUUACAUCAAUAAUGACGAUUUCAUCUCACGACUUCGACUUCUCAAGUAUGGCCGAGAGAAGGUUUUGAACAGCUUGGGAACUGUGCCUCGUCGACAGGUUUCCAUUUAA